UACUUUUGUGGCACCGAUUGGAGGUGCUUGUGUGAAACAGCCGCUAGGGUCUGCCAUGCCACGGACAUGUCCACCGGUUUGCGGAGUGGAUGAGGCGGUCUCUAGCCUCAGUCUGGACUGGCAGUGCAGGCUGGAGCCAUAUCCAUCAGCCAAGCAGGGACUGGGGAGGGGGGUUUUAUACGCUGUGGAGCCCAUCCCCACUGUGCCGCGACAUGCUACAUCCCCUAUGCGUUUACCAGCCCACACAUACUCCAGAAAACGCAGCCGUCUUUAUCAUAGAGAGUGUGAGAUGACAGCGAGGAGAGACGCUUCCCAGCCGCUGUGCAGCUCUCGCCUCCAGGAGAGGAAGGGAGCGGCGGACCGGGCGAAGGCUAACCCCGACUGGUUUUAUCCCUCCCCUCGACAGGAGCCGGAGAAAGGACCGGCGUCCGCGGCGGGGAUCCAUGCCCAUGUGGUGGGUGCUGUCGCCGGCUCCGGCGCUGCGGACGAGUCCUCUGACAGCGAAGCAGAGCAGGAAGGCCCCCAGAAACUCAUCCGGAAAGUGUCCACCUCAGGGCAGAUCAGGAGCAAGACGAGUAUAAAGGAAGGAUUGUUGCUGAAACAGACCAGCUCGUUCCAGAGGUGGAAAAAGCGCUACUUCAAACUGAGAGGCCGAACUCUCUACUACGCCAAAGAUGCCAAGUCUGGCAGUGCCCUGGCACGCUGGCAGGAGCGGGCGCUGCGCAGAGUGUCCAGGAGUCGCGUGUGCUGGCGAGUUCUGUCCGUGUGCUGGACGGGCGCACAGCGCUCCCCCCCACCUCUGGGUGCCAGCGGAUCUGAGGAAGGCCUAGUGAGAAUCCGGUCCCUUAUCUUUGACGAGGUGGACCUAUCAGAUGCCAGCGUUGCAGAGUCCAGCACAAAGAAUGUCAACAACAGCUUCACAGUGAUCACUCCGUUCCGUAGGCUCAUCCUCUGUGCCGAGAACAGGAAAGAGAUGGAGGACUGGAUCAGUUCGCUUAAGUCCGUCCAGUCCAGAGAGCAUUACGAGACGGCACAGUUUAAUGUGGAACAUUUCUCAGGGAUGCACAACUGGUACGCCUGCUCCCAUGCACGGCCCACCUUUUGCAACGUCUGUAAAGAUAGCUUGUCUGGGGUCACGUCUCACGGCCUCUCCUGUGAAGUGUGCAAAUUCAAAGCCCACAAACGCUGCGCUGUCAGAGCCACUAACAACUGUAAAUGGACGACCCUGGCUUCCAUAGGGAAAGAUAUUAUUGAAGAUGAGGAUGGGAUUGCUAUGCCUCACCAGUGGUUGGAAGGAAACCUGCCUGUCAGUGCCAAGUGUGCCGUGUGUGAUAAGACAUGUGGCAGCGUACUGAGACUGCAGGACUGGCGCUGCCUCUGGUGCAAAGCUAUGGUGCACACAGCCUGUAUGGACCUGUACCCUCGCAAGUGUCCUCUUGGUCAGUGCAAAGUCUCCAUCAUUCCCCCUACGGCGCUCAACAGCAUCGACUCAGACGGCUUCUGGAAGGCCACUUGUCCCCCAUCAUGUGCCAGCCCCCUCCUGGUCUUUGUCAACUCCAAAAGUGGAGACAACCAGGGUGUGAAAUUCCUACGACGCUUCAAGCAGCUCCUCAACCCAGCUCAAGUCUUUGACCUGGUCAACGGCGGGCCGCACCUUGGUUUGCGCCUGUUUCAGAAGUUCGACAACUUCCGGAUUUUGGUGUGUGGAGGUGAUGGCAGUGUGGGCUGGGUCCUCUCAGAGAUUGACAAGCUCAAUCUACACAAACAGUGCCAGCUGGGGGUUUUGCCCUUGGGCACGGGCAACGAUCUGGCACGGGUGCUGGGCUGGGGCCCGUCAUGUGACGACGACACCCAGCUGCCUCAGAUCCUGGAGAAGCUGGAGAGAGCCAGCACCAAGAUGCUGGACCGCUGGAGCAUCAUGACCUACGAGAUUAAGAUCCCACCCAAACACAGCUGCCCCACCACGCCUGAGGGAGCCGACGACUGCCAGUUUCACAUUUCAGCUUAUGAAGAUUCAGUAGCCGCUCACCUCACAAAGAUCCUCAACUCUGAGCAGCACUCUGUGGUCAUCUCCUCUGCCAAGAUCUUGUGCGAAACAGUGAAGGAUUUUGUUGCCAAAGUGGGGAAAGCCUAUGAAAAAAGCACAGAGAACGUCGACGAGUGUGACACUAUGUCUCUCAAAUGUGCCAUCCUAAAUGAGAAACUGGACUCCCUCCUCCAGACCCUCAACACAGAGUGCCAGGCUCUACCUCUGCUUCCCCACUCUACUCCCCCUAUUGUAGAGGAGGAGCAGGAGGAGGAGGAGGAGGAGGAAGAGGCCAGCGAGGAGAGCCUAACGGAGCUUAAGGAAAAGCUGGAGGAGGAGGAGACGGAGAAAGGAGGAGGUGGAUCCCCACACCAGCUGUUCAGAAGCAGGGAGCAGCUGAUGCUCAGGGCCAACAGUCUGAAGAAAGCUGUGCGGCAGAUUAUAGAACAGGCUGAGAGAGUGGUGGAUGAGCAGAACACCAAUACAGAGGAGACGGACCUGCCAUCUCCCCUAGAGUUCAGGAAGGACAGCGAGGAGGAGAACAGAGACAGUGAGAAGGAUGAGGACACCAGGGAACUGGAAGCAGUCUCAUCUGUAAAGAGUCCCUGUUCUCCUACGGAGAGGAGGGUGAGCCGCAGCACCCAGUCCUAUGGCUCCUUCACCAUCACCCCCUUCACCACCAGCAAGGAGAACCUCCCCGUACUUAACACACGCAUCAUCUGCCCUGGCUUGCGGGCAGGUCUGGCGGCCUCUAUAGCUGGCAGCUCUAUCAUUAGCAAGAUGCUGCUGGCUAACAUCGACCCUUUUGGUGCCACUUCCUUCAUCGACCCCGACCUUGACUCACUAGAGGGCUACAUGGAGAAGUGUGUGAUGAACAACUACUUCGGAAUUGGCCUUGAUGCCAAGAUCUCCCUGGAGUUCAAUAACAAGCGAGAGGAGCAUCCAGAGAAAUGCAGGAGUCGCACCAAGAACAUGAUGUGGUAUGGUGUUUUGGGCACGAAGGAGCUUCUGCAGAGAACCUACAAGAACUUGGAGCAGAAGGUCCAGCUAGAGUGUGACGGCCAGUACAUCCCCCUGCCCAGCCUUCAGGGGAUUGCGGUGUUAAACAUUCCUAGCUAUGCAGGCGGGACCAACUUCUGGGGAGGCACCAAGGAGGACGAUAUCUUCUGUGCACCAUCAUUUGAUGAUAAGAUCCUGGAAGUCGUGGCUGUGUUUGGAAGCAUGCAGAUGGCUGUGUCUCGAGUCAUCAAACUGCAGCACCACCGCAUAGCACAGUGUCGAACUGUGAAGAUCACUAUCCUGGGUGACGAGGGCGUUCCCAUUCAGGUGGAUGGUGAGGCCUGGAUCCAACCGCCUGGAGUCAUCAAGAUCCAGCACAAGAACAGAGCUCAGAUGCUCACCAGAGACAGGGCGUUUGAGAACACGUUGAAGUCAUGGGAGGACAAGCUGAAGUAUGAUAAGCCUCCAUUGCGGCCUCACCUUUACCCGCAGCAGUCUGUGGAUCUGGCAACAGAGGAAGAGGCCACCCUGGUGCAGAUGUGCGCCCGUGCUGCAGAGGAGCUUAUUACAAGGAUAUGUGAGGCUGCAAAGACCAAUGGGCUUUUAGAGCAGGAGUUGGCUCAUGCUGUCAAUGCCGCAUCUCACGCCAUCAACAAAACACACCCGAAGUUCCCAGAGAGUCUGACUAGGAUCACAGCUAUAGAGGUGGCCAGCACUGUCAAGGCUCUGUACUAUGAGACUGAGUCUCUUCUGGUGGGCCGAGUCUCUCUGCAACUGGACCCACCAGAGGAGGAGCAGCUGUCCAACGCUCUGCAGAGUGUUGAGAUGGAACUGGGCAAACUGGGAGAGAUCCCCUGGCUCUACCAUAUACUGCAACCCAACGAUGAAGAGGACCACUCUCUGGGUUACGGCAAGAGGAACAGUCGCAGCGGCAUGUUUCGCAUAGUGCCCAAGUUCAAGAAGGAGAAGGCCGCCAAGAAGACGAGCCCUCAGUCAGUCGAGAGAUGGGGCACAGAGGAGGUGGGAAUCUGGCUGGAACAGCUGAGUCUAGGGGAGUACAGAGACACCUUCAUCCGACACGACAUCCGAGGCUCCGAGCUGCUGCACCUGGAGAGGAGGGACCUGAAGGAUCUGGGGAUAUCGAAAGUGGGUCAUAUGAAGAGAAUUCUCCAGGGAACUAAAGAUCUGGCCAAGGCCUCCAUGGUUGACCUUUAACCCAGAAGCAGAUGCUUCUUGAGAGGGGAAACAAACAUUCCCCUCACAUCGGUGGAGGAGUUUGAGAGCACCAUAGGCAGUGAAGGAGAAGAUAGGUAUUCAAGGAGAGUUGGAGUAUAUCGCUUGGCUGAGAAAGCCUUUGUGGUGUAGUGAACAAGAUACAAUUAGCGUGUUUGUUUGUGCUUUGGUGCCAAAAUGACAGUCAAGAAAGCUGAUGAAAGUACAAAAGGAAGUCAUGGAUCUUCACAAAAAGCCAUUUCUUAGUUAAUAUCCAUUCAUAGCACACAAUCAGGUAUGCAACUAACCAUACGGUUGACAGUUGACUGGCUGUCUGACUUGUCAUAACAAACUAGUAGCAAAACCAGGACUUCCAUGAGUGUCCCCUUAGGGAUUUAGUCUCAGUUCAGUUCAGUAGUGUGAAAAAAUGAGAUGUUUGCUGGAUCUCUGCCUCACAUUACAGAGCUAAAGCAGCCUCCAGGUUUCAGUAGCGCUGCUGUUCAGUGGAGACAGAAAAGAUAAACUUGUAACAUCACAGUUUAGGUGGUGAUAUGGAAGGUGUGGUGUUUGAAAACAGUGGGAUACUGUCGCAUGCUAUGCUUGCUCAACUUUAGAUAUGUUUAAUUGCAUGAUUAGUGUCUUGAUUUUUUUUUUUUUUGGUGUGUGUGUGUGUGUGUGCAAAAUAACACUUGAACAAGUUUUACAUGACUUAAGUAUUAUGAUGCCAUUUGUUACUACUGAAAGCAUCCUUUUUGGUUUAAAUCAAACUCUUUUUCUAGCUUUAACUUAUUUUGUUUGCAUGAUAAUGACGUGUCAAAGAUCUGUGUCAAGUGCCAUAUCUUUAGUCAUUUAGCGUAAAAUGUGCUUUAUUGGUAGACAUCAUAAGAAUUGUUUUAAAAAUUGUUGAUGAGGUAUGACUAUAUGGAAUUAAUAUCCGUACCAAAGUGAAUGUCUAAGAAAACGUGAUCAUUUGAUGACAACUCUUUAUUUAGUAAGCCAGUAGGUCUUAGGUUUGAAUUCCAUUAAACAUGGGAGAAAGAUUAGUAUUAGUCAGGAAGAGAGUUAAAUUGUUGGUCUAAAGCCAACCACAUAUACUGUAGGGUCGUCUUUUUUAAGGAAUACUUACAGUAAAAGGCACUUUUUACUUCUUGCUUUUUGCAAGUGCAAAUCCUCAUAUCAUUACAUAGAAUUAACGGUUCACCUCAACUUUUUAACUUUUGGCAAUUUAACACAGUAUUUAACACUAACGAGAAUAGGCUAGAUAUCGGUUUUGAAUAUGUAAUAGAGCAGUUGAUCUGCAGCCUGCAUAGCAUUGUUGAAGUGCAGCUUUCUUUCCCCUUCAAAUUACAAGUGAGAUGUUGAUAGAACACUACUUUUUCUUGUUAGUUUCUUUAAAACUGGUGGCAUUACAGGGUAUAUUUCUAUAUGUGAUGCUAAGUUUGUAUAUAUAUAUGCACUGUAUAUACAGUAUACCAUUGUAUGCAAACAAUGUUUGUAAGUGUUGUAGUCUAAUGCAUUUGUAGAUUGCUGACAUGGCAUGCAUUGUCAACAGCUAACACAUUUGAUUGUGUAUAUUACACCAUAACAAUUGUGUAUUGUUGAUUUGGUUCUAAUCUCUUGUACAUGAUAAUGCUGUUGUAUUCUAAUGAUGGUGCAAUAUUUUAUCUCUUGUUUUGAUACAGUCUCUGCAGCUUUCUGACAUGAUGUUUUUCAGUGGGGAAAAAAAAAAACCUUGAAAGAUUUUUUUUUUUUUGUACAUGUACUCCUCUUCAAGGUUUGAGGAUCAGAUUUUAGAAAUUAGACCCAUAGACAGACUGCUUUUUCUUACGGACUACAAAAUAUCUUCCAGCGGUUCACUAGUUUGUAGUUUUUGCUCCUCUGUGCUUCCAAGAUGAUACACUAAAGUUAGGAUUGUGUAAAUGAAUGAGUAGAAUGGGCAGACAUGACUGUUAUGUUAAUAUGUAACAUGUUUCACAAUGUAUUUGUGUGUGUGCGCGCGUUUGGGUGUGUGUACUACAACAGUGGCAUAUUGUACCUUAUCAUUACCAUUGCCAACUAAAUUGACCAUGUAAUUUCCAAUCUGAUAAUUUAGUUUUUCCCCUGUUGAGAAUAAUUUAUUGCUUGUGUGUUGGUUUUAAUUCUGCUUUUUACCCCCUGAGAGUCCUUUGCCUUCAGUUUAAAAGCUUUUUGUUUUACUGAAUAUUGAGCACUAAAAUUUACACUUUACAAGUUUUCAUCCGUCACCUUUCAUCCUAGUAUCCCAAGUUAUAGUACAAUGUAAGUGAUUUCAGGGACUCAGUACAGGUUAGUCAUGUAUUGUCCCUAACAUACCACCAGAGGGUGAUCCAUCACAUCUCACAUCUCUACCAUCCCUGAGUCACGAUGUGAAACAGCAUUAUUUUACAAUUGUUUAUGCCGACAAUCACCUGUGUCAGACUAUUUUACACAGAAUAGUGUUGCACAUUGGCAUGCAAGAUAAAACUUUUAUCGCAUAUUGUUAAUCCUGCAACUGAUAGCCAAAGAUAAGUGUUAGUCACUAUAAACCACAGAUGUGUAAACAUCAGAGAUUUUCCCCCAUUUUAUUGCACCCUGAAGAUUAUUUAGUCUCAUGGACAGAACAAUGCCUUGUAUUCAUGUAGUAGAUCCACAUCAUCACUUUGAUGACAGUUGACCUUUGGCUAGCCAGAAAAUCUGGGUCUACUGCAGGUUUUGUCUAAGUUGAAGCCUUUUUUAUGAGUAUGUGCUUUAAUUGGAGCAGUUUAAUAGAACUGCACACUGCCUUGUUUUGCAGUCAAGAUUAGCCUCACGUCCGUUUGAUCCCCAUCACGCCAGUCACCGAACUGAAUUCACUGACACUGUUGCAGUUCUUGAGCUGUGUCUGUCUGUGUUUAUGCUAUCUGUGUGUCCAAAGUGUCUGCCAGGUUCUGUCAGUCUCAAGUGUUUUGGCCCCAGACUUCAAGGCAAGAGAAUGCUUGAUCUUUCCAUGCAAAGUGGAAGUUGCCACCUUUCUCCCUUGCCGUGUUUUCCAGUGGUCUGUAAAUAAUGCUGCAAACUGCCUGGUUUUCAAAAACCAACGAAACCCAUGCAAGGAUCUCUAAAAGACAGGAUAACAUAUAGUCUUUGACAUGGUUCCUAAAGUGAUGGGAGUAAAGUGAGUUUCAUUUGUUUACAUUAUGUUUACAAUGGCACAGUUUUAAUUUUUAAGAAUAUAUAUGUAGGUAUAAACAAUAUUUGCAUAUUUAUUGCCUAAGGUUAAAUGAUAUGAUGUGUAUUGUGUUUUCACAUUUUGAAUAUAAUGUUACAGUCGUCACCUGUAUUACUAUCUGGAUGAUUUUGGUAAAGUAGUUGAUAAUUUUUAUGACUACUAAGUGACUGUUUUCUGUGCCUUUUUAUGGUUAGAAUGCAUGGUUAACUAUUUAUUACAAUUUGGAGUCACCAAGAUGUGUAUUUUUGUAUUCUGAAUAAAUAAAUGGUUCAGCUUUUGUUGUACAUUUUUAAGGUGCCUUAAAACAGGCUACCUAUUCAUAUCUCUCUUCUUCAAUAAAACCAA